CCCCCGGCCGGGCCUCGUCCGGCCACUGCUGGGCCGCGGGCGGGACGCCCGGGGCGGCGUGCUGGGAGGAAGCGCGCCGGGCCGCGGCCCCGGGAACUUCCCAGACGCGCUAGGCGGGCGCGCCGGCCGCCGGCUCUGCUCCCGCCUUCCCUUCUCCCAGGUGUGCGGGGCUUGGGGCGCAAUCCUGGGCCGUGGCCGCCAGGCGCCAGCCGGGCAUUCCCUUCCUGCUCGCCCCGCCCGGCCUCGGGCCUCCAGGCGCUGCGCCUGGCCUGGCUCGGGCCCGCCGCGCCCCUUCCAGCCCCCGGCCGAGGCCGGCGGAUGUCCUGAGCUCACCGCCGGCGGGCUCUGCGUCCCGCACGGGGUUGCUUGUGGAGUUGGGGCGAGGCGGGCCGGGUAUGCGCCAUCACCAUGGCCCGGCUGGGCUGGUGGCUCGGUGAGGUCCAGUGGUUCGUGUUGGUGUCGCUCUUCGUCGCGGCCCUGGUCACGGUGGGCCUGUACCUGACGCAGUGGGCGCUGGCCAGGGCGCGACCCCCGCCGCGGCGGAGGGCGGAGCCCGAGGAGGAGCGGCGCCCCGAGUCGGACGCGCUGCUUUCUUGGAUCCUGACGCUGAAUAGCUGGAGGAGCCAGUGGCAGGCGGCCUGGGUGAUCGCCCUGAACCAUGAGGCCAAAAGGAGAGGGGGCCCCCUGCAGCUGUCCUUCCAGCAGGACCCGCGACCACAGCUCCAGGAGCUGGCGGUUGGAGAGGUCUCCAGCGUGGUCCAGUCGGCCCAGGAGAAGGUGGUGGCCUGUCAUGUGGUGGGCAAGAUCCUUCAGUUCCUGGUCAGCGCCGCGCCCUCGGCCGCGGGCUCGGGACACCAGCUGUAUGACGUGCAACUCUCGCCGGUCCAUCUGCAGCUGGAGCUCCACAUGAAAGAAAAGAGAGAAGACAUCCAGAUUCGGUGGUCCUACAUCCAUGUGCCAGAGGUGACCAUCAAGAUCCAGCCCCGGGCACCGGGGGAGGCCCAGGUGGGUGAGGCGGAUGCGAUAUCUGAAGCCCUCAAGGAUGUUUUGAAGCACCUGGUGAGUUCCGCCUCUCCGUCAGUGGUUCUGAGCACCAAGCCCACAGACGUAAGGGAAGCUCAGAGUCUACAGCGCGCUUCAUCUACUGCUCAGGAACCCUGUCCUCCCAAACCUCCAAGGGCUCAUGAACUAAAGCUGCUGGUGAAGAACGUCCGUGCCUCGCUGCUCAACGAUCCUGGUGCUUCAGGCAGCGUGAGCCCCGUGUGCAUCGCUCAGCUGAAUGACCCUGUGCAGAGCUUUACCAGCACCCAAGCCAAGAGCACUACUCACCUCAGCUGGGAGGAGGAGUUCACCUUCGAGCUGAACGCCAGAUCCAAGGAGCUACACCUGCAGAUCACAGAGGGCGGGCAGUCCUCGGAAGGAGGCUGGUGUGCAGGUCCGCUGGCCAUGACCACUGUCCCCCUGGACCUGUUCAAGAAGCAGCCUUCUGGGCCACAGAGCUUCGCGUUGGUCGGUGGACCCACCUGCAGCAGCUUGGCACUGGGCUCGGUCACUGCAGAGUUCUCUUACAUAGAACCCAGUGAACUGAAAUCCCGGCAAACCCCUCCCCCUGUUGCUGCUGCAAAGAUAGAAAAGGACCGCACAGUGAUGCCGUGUGGGACUGUGGUCACUACCGUCACUGCCGUGAAGACCAAGCCUCGCUACGAUGCGGGGAGGGCGUCCCCGCUGAGCUCUGAGUCUCCCGUGAAGACGCCCGUCAAGGUGAAGGUCAUCGAGAAGGACAUCUCCAUCCAGGCCAUCUCGUGCCACGGUGCGCCUGUCAGCAAGACCUUCUCUUCUUCAGAUACGGAACUGCUGGUGUUGAGCGGCUCGGAUCCGGUGGCUGAGGUGGCCAUCAGGCAGCUCAGUGAGUCUUCCAAGCUGAAGCUGAAGUCGCCGAGGAAGAAGAGCACUAUCAUCAUUUCAGGGAUCUCCAAGACCUCACUCUCUCAGGACCACGAGGCUGCCCUGAUGCAGGACUACGCAUCCUCCAUGGACGGCGCCUGCCAGGACACCCCGUCCGACCCCUGUCCCCCAGAGGCCACCACGGCCUCUGUCCCACCAGUGGAAGAUGAGCCAGCCCAGGCCCCAGCUGCCCUGGAGCCCCAGGAGAAGGAACUGGACUCCUGGGACCUGGAGAAGGAGCCCCUGGCGGCGGCGUGGGGUGGCCCAGCCCCUCUGGAGCUCGAUGGGGACCAGCUAUCCGAGAGCUCCCUGAGCAUCUCAGAGCCCGGCGCUGCCAAGAAGCCUAAAGGAGGAAUUUUGAGGAGGGGUGCCAAGCUGUUUUUCCGCCGACGGCACCCGCAGAAAGAGCCCGGCAUGAGCCAGUCACACAACGACCUCCUGUUCCUGCAGCGGCAGGAGGGCGCCCCGAGGAAGGGGGCGACCCUCACGCGGCUGCUGAACAAGAAGCUGCUGUCCAGGCACCACCGGGGCAAGAGCGCCAUGAACGGGGCCCCCGUGGAGCCCUGUGCGUAGGCUGCCCGCCGCCUUCCCUGCCGCUGGAGGACGGGCACCCAGGACGCAGGAGGCCUGGCCGCUGCCGCGCACCCACUCCUCCAGCUCGGGUUCCCAACAAGCUCGUCUGAAGGGAAGGAAGGAAGUGCGUCUCCAGCCGGAGGCUUCCCCCAAGGAGAACUGACGAAGCCCAGUUUGCCACCAGAACCCCAGUGGCACCCGCAGCCCCGGCUAAGCAUCGGGGUAGCAGUUAGAGAGCAAGAGCUACACCACCCGCAGGGCCUGGGAGGGACGGCGGGAUUCGGUUCACCCACUGGGGCCUCUAGCAGGUGUGUGUGGGGCCCACGCCUCCAAGUCAGGGGAAGGUGUGCCCCUCUGGGCUGUCACUGUGACCAGAAUGGAUGGGUCACCUCUUCUAAUUUGCUGCUUAGAAUUAAAAAGUACACCUGGCCCUGAGAACAGGGAGGUGGAACAUGGGCAGGAGUUUUGAUAAAGAAAUAUGAUAGCAGUUGAUGAAAUGCUUUGACAAAUAUAGGAAGGCAUUGCCUUUGCUGUUAGCCAUAGAACUUGAAACCUUACACAAACACUAAGUAUGUCCCACGCAUUACUGAGCAUUUCCCAGGCCUCUCUGAGCCUCCUCGGAGGAGACGAUGUGAAUGCCGGCGUGGUUCUCCAUCGUCCUCUGCCAUGUCAGACGCUCAGAAUGCCAGGGAGCAGUCGAUGUGCAGAUUUCCUCUCCGUCUGGCGCACCUUACUAGACAGGAGCCUGAUGAGCCUGACCCGGGAGUUGGGAGCAGUAAGUGACAGCUCACAGAACAUGGUGACCCCCACACACGCGCACUUUUUGCCAAAUAUUGCCUACGGCCAAAACAAAGGACUUGUAGGGCACUCGAAGAAAGUGUUCCGCAUCUCAGGUGUCCAUCCUUGGAAUGGGAGUUUAGUGACAGAUGGGAAAUUCUUUUUAUGGGCUCUUCAGGUUUCUGUUCUGAAUGGUGCUCCUGGCCACAUUUUGGGGUGUCCUUGUUUUGGUUUCCAGUGGAAAAAUGAGAAGCUUGGCACGUACUUUCAGAAUCCCUGUGUACCUAGCGAACCACCUCCCUCAUCACUUGCCAGUUUCCACAUUGCUCCGCUCUUGAACGUGUGAUGCCAGCAGACGUGCUUGUCACUGGGGUGACACGUCUUGACCCUUUACUGAGAUUGGUGCUCUUCCAAUAAGAUGGAAAAGGCUGGUGUGACCCUGACCCCUGGCAGAUGGGCAAGCAGAGCCUGCCGUCCAGCGCCCUGAUGGAGCCGUGGAGGAGCAAGGCCCUUUGAGAGAGCCGAGACCCAAGGACUGUUUUUCUUUCCUGUUUUUGAGGGAGAGAUUCAAAAACUACACUGGGAAUUCACUUUCAAAUGCACAUUAAAAAAUUCUUAGGUGUUCCAGGAAUUAUCAAGUGACUUUAAAAUGACUUUUUACCCACGCUUUGUUUUUAAAGAUUGCAUUUGAAUGUUAGCCGUUGUAAAGCUCCAAAAUAUAUUAAUAGCAAGUCAGUCCCCAAAGUUAGUAAUUGCUACCAACUUUUCGGGAUAGGAGGGGUCACUUCUUUUCUUUGUCUUGCGAUGGAUAGAGUCUGUGACGUGAGAAUCAAUUCCAAGGGGGUGUGAUGUGUCAGAAUUCCAGAUUUGGAUCAGAAGUGUUAGUAUAGAUUGGGUAUCCCUUAUCUGAAGUGCUUGAGGCCAAAGUAUUGCAGAGGUUUUGGGAUUUUGAAUAUGUAAAUAGUCUUUACCAACCAGAUAUCCCUAAUCCCAAAAAUCCAAAAUCUGAACUGUCUGGAAAUUCAGAAUGUUUUGAGCUCCCUGAUGCUUUAAAAGUUUCAAUUUUGUAAUUUUGGAUUAGGGAUAUCUGGUUGGUAAUUCCUAAUCCUAAAAUUCAACCUAUAUAAUUAAAAAAAAUUCUUUUUUGAUCUGUUUGCUUUUAAAAUUCAGGUCAUCUUAAUUAAAAAAAAAAAAUAGAAGAAAGCUUUUCACCAAUCCCUUCCCAAGUCCCCCCAUGAGUGCU